AUGAAUGUGGCUGUCGUCGUAACGUUGCUUUCCUUCUGUGCAACUUUGGCGUUACCUGGUAAGUGUAACUAUACUUUGUAUGCCCUUGGUGCUUGAGGACUGGGGAAGGAACCAAGCUGAGUUUCCUUUCUUUCUUGGUGGGAAGUGUUGAUCUUUCUUUGUUUUCUUUCAUCCAUUUUUAUUCCAGUGCCAAUAGAUAAAAGUGAUCAAGGCAGAGUAGAAAGAACGGUAAGUUAUGCAUGCCUCAUUGUCAAAAUUAAUAACAUCACUUUAUGAAUCACUACUCGUAGAUAAUCUUGGCCGGACCGCACGAACAGGAACAUAAAAGGAAGGCUUAUGGCCAUGUUUGGCGUGACUUCAUUUGGGGGGAAGAAAUUGGUUAAUAUGUUUUUCUUGUUUGCUCUUAAAGGAGAGGAAAGUGCAAAAAAGGGUUUCUGAUGGGUAAUCAGCGUGAAAAAUAGCAUAAAAAAUUGGUUUGACGGCAUUACGAGCUAAAAAAGCACGGACAUGUUUGAGUACAAUAUCAAGGACGUCUGUAGAUUAGAAAAUGUUUGUCGUGAGUACUCUCACUGAUAGCUUCAAAAUCUAGAGGAGUAUUUAACAAAGAUUCGAGGGACACUAUCCAGUAUUUGUGAAAACCAUUUCCAUGUUUCUGCGCGAAACAAUACGUACUUGUCUUUUGGGAAUCGCCUCUUAUUGCGUGAAGGCAUGCUAAGUAACUCGGAUUGUCAUGUUAACCUUUAAAAGUUAAAAAAAGCUUAACAGCAAUUUAAUAUGUUCUCUGGCAGCAAUAUACCCUUACUCGAGCUCUCGAUUUCGUACUGGUUCUAAGGAAUUUUUAAGGCAUUUGCUCAAGCAGUAGAAAGAUAAUUCGAAAACUAUCUACUUAUUACAGCCCAUAACACGAAUGAUUUCAUGCAUGUGGUUAAUGUUACGUUCCUGAAGCAUCCUUUAACGCUGAAAUGGGGUCAUUUCCUUUGUUGUCGUGUGAUCUUGUAAGUGGAGGUCAAUGCACCAAUGGAGUCUAGAAUUGCAAAAUUGCUGAAAGAGGGUUGAAUGGUUUUUUCUCUUCUCCGUUUAAAGUUUCUAGAGAGACAUAUUGUGUGUACGCUAACCAUAUUAUUAAUCAAGAGAGGAUAAAGGAGUGUCUUCUUUCGCAUCAGUAUUGUCCCUAUGUGUAACUUGACCAAAUGCAACUUGGCACGACCGCCUCCACUUUGGCAAAUAGCGUUUCUUCACACAGGCGUGUUAUGUGAUUAUGUAGACUUAAAAGUAUCCCCCGUCAUCUAGCCCUUCGAUAUUUAAGACCACCCCUGGCUCCCACCCCCACCCCAUCCCCCUUAAAACUGCGAUCAUGUCCUCCCUUGUCCUUCCAUGCACAGAUAUGAUCGUAGGCAGGAUCGGUUGCUUUAACCCUUUAGGUGCCAAUAGUGACCAAGAUCAAUUUUCCCCUAACAAUAUCCAUACACUGUCUAGAGAUAAAUUAUGAGAAUUAAUAAAGUGAUCACCCAAGCAAAAAUGCCUUGAUCUUUUAUCAAAUUCUGUCAACUCAUUCUUUAAGGAAAAUUAAUGUAUGGAGAUCAGUUUGGAAAACUUGUAUGUGGAUACUGGCGCUUAAAGGGUUAACGGCUCCUUAUACAGGGUCUCUCCCUCCCACCCCUCCUCCCAGUCCUCCUGGAGAUACUGAUUGCUUUUUUUUGUUAAAAGUUAGAAUUUGAAAGUUCUUUUAAAAUGCCAUGGUCAACGUUAGAUUGUAUUGUUGUUCAUUGGAUUGGUUGUUAUAAAAUGAUUUAUUUGAUAAGUUCUGUUGAUAUCCUGACUUUAUCAUUCACUGAUUUCCCCGUUUGGUCUGUAAAGAUCCCCGACAGCUUGGCUUUCACACGAACCUUCUUUUCUGGUCUUUAGUCAGGUGUUUAGUUCUCCAUCUUUUUCUUACCCUUAGCUUAAAGCGUAAUUUCCUGUUUGCAAUUUGUGCCUACUUUACUGACCUUGUGUUAUGUAUUGCAGAUUUCUGUCGAGGAACUGGAAUCUGAGGUCAGUGAUGGAUAAUAAAAAUAAUAAUAAUAAUAAUAAUAAUAAUAAUAAUAAUAAUUAUAAUUAUAAUAAUAAUACGUCACGACAGAAAAAAAAGGGCGAGUAAGGACUUGGUUGUUAACAUCCUGUUAAUAGGCUACAAUUUGCCAAUAUACUUCUAUACAAGAGUAUACAAUAGACUUCUAUACAAGGACCUGUUUAGCCUAAUAUUUGAAACAGAUUCUUAUGUUCUAAAAUAUAUAUAAAAAAUAAAUAAUGAUAAAAAAGUCAGUACACUUGGGCAAAUAAGACACAUACAAGUCAACAUCCUCUUUGCAGACAUAGAUGCCUCAGUAUCUCUCCAACUGCAAUCACAAUGUAAUGAUAUGUAGAUUUUAUAUAAGGAAAAAGCUGAAUAUCCCCAGAUUUCUUUACCUACGGUGUAUUUUAGGCUAUUUAGCUUGCGCUAACUAUUUAUGUAAGAACCUGUUAAUAGGCUAACUUGGGAAAAAGCAGGUUCUUACUCGCGGCUUUUUACUAACUGCAGGCAUGUGUACUUGCAGAUAGCUAGAAAGUUAUCUGUCAAAAGUAAUCCCACUCGUUUGUUUCCAAAUUAAAUUCUGUUUCUAGAUUUCUUUUUUAACAUUAGAGCCUUCAGCUGUAUGUCCAUUUAAUUCUAAGUUUAUAUUUAGAUGACAUACAAAAAGACUUAAGAAAAAACCGUCAAAUAAACUAUCAAAUAAAAACCAGUAUAAAAUAAGUAGAGAGAAACGGAUGGAUAAAUGAUAUAAAAGUUUCUUUGGAUGAUUAAAAUUAGUCAUGAUGCCAAGCUUCUCUUAGACUAAAAAGUCAUGUAGAUGUUUGUUAAACUUUUCUUUUUAUAAUUAUCCUUUUGAGAAUUAUUCUUUGAAAAAAGGUCAAACCUACAUGUAUGUCACUUACAAGACGACACUAAUUGGUCUUUGAUUUCUUCGUGACUAAAUCAGUUGGAAGAGAUCGAGGACCAUGUUGACGCUGUUAGAAAGAAGGUGAAAGAGACAGCAACUGCAAACAAAGGACUAUCCACAGGUGAGCGGGCUACAUAUUUUCAGUCUCUCAAAGUCCGAUUGAAAAGACGUUGAAAAGACACUAAAAAAAUACCACCACUACCACAAACCUUCAGUGGCGGGUCCAGGCCGCACCUUGAGCUGCAGAGGGAAGAGGACUCGCUAGCCGAGAUGAAGAAAAAAGAAUGGGGAGUGGUAGCUUUUAUGACGGUUGUCGGUUAAUUUUUUCCAAUUUUGACGGUUGACGGUUAAAUUUUAGAGUUUUUGACGGUUGACGGUUCAGUAUAUUAAGUGGAAGUUUAGUCCAAACGUUGAUAAGAGUAAAUAUCUGUAUAAGUAAGUAUCUGUAUGAAUUAAUAUCAACUGUCAUGUUGUGUUUUGGAGGUUUUCUUGGCCUAGUUCACUUAUGAAAUUUCAAAAUAUUUUUCAAAAUUAGGUUGUAAAGUCUAGAAAGAGUGUUUUUGAGAACAUAGGAACUGGUUUUUUCAGUUUUAUUAUAGAUUUUUCAGGAGACACAAUACCGUGAAGGCCAGAUGAAAUAAUGAGAUUUUAAAUACCUUGAAACUUUUCAGACUUUGACGGUCAAUCUUAGUCUACAUUUUUGACAGUUGACGGUAAAAAGACCUUUUUUGACGAUUGAAGGUCAAUUUUUAGGGUGCUUGACGGCUGACUCUUAACCCCAUUGAGACCCUCAGACAAGGACCUUUUCCCUGAUACAAAUUGCAAGUAGAAUAAUACGAACUUGAAGAAAAAUCUAAUGGUGAUGGGUAAAAUAAACUUUGCAAUUUGAUUUUUCUUUAUAUAUAUAUAUUUUCCCCAGUGUUCUUGCUGUAAAGAUCAGUUUACUGUUUUUCUACUUGGUUGUCCACCUUUUUUUUUACUGAUCCUGGUCUUCUCAAGAUGCGGCUGUCCUCGCUGAUUUGUUGCUGUGGUUCUGCCUCUACACUCAAACCCCGCUUUACGAAGACCCGCUUAAUACGGACACCACAUUAUUCCGGACAAUUUGCUUUGUCCCUGGGGAAAGCCCUUAAUACGUUUUCUCUCAGUACGGACCCUGGUAGGGGGGCGGGCGGUAGAGUGUUCGUAGAGUAGGUUUGACUGUAUGUAUAAUACUUAAGGUUUUAUCAUUCUAAAUUUUGCCUUUUGUUUUUAUUUUAGACUUCAAAACAGUCGUUUUUUUUUUCCUAUAAAACUCGGCGCUUUUUCAAGCAAAAAGCGCCGGCGCGGCAACAGAAGCUCACAUACGCGCCUCGAGCGUCUCUCUUCAGUCUCAAUCACCGUUUUCAGCCUUUCUCCAGACCUUUCGUUUGACUGUUCGUGCGUAGUUGACUAUGUAAAAAUACGGAUUGUUUUGUAGUCUAUUUUGUUUCACCCAUUCGAAACAAUGCGUUUUAAAUCAAACUACGUAAACGACGACGAUAGAAAUGAUCGACAAAUAAUGUUGCCGAGCAGCGCCGAUGUGAUGGUUGGAUGAGCUUACAGCCCAAGAAAGAAGAAAAUUUUUAGAAGGAGAGAGAACAAAUAAUUGAUCAAAGAUGGCUAACAACGUUCCCAGCAAUGCGGCCUGGCUCUUUCAAUUUGUUCAUUACGCUCUUUUCUAUUCAGGUCUAUUCUAGACUUACUGAUGUGACUUUGUUUUGUCCUUUCUUUUAGGCAUUUUUUCCACACCCUCCGCUGAGACGACCGUUCCAGUCAAUGAGAAAAUUGAGAUUACUACACCGUCCCUGAAACCGACAAACCAAACCGUCAGCACAAUUUCUCCAACACUAACUGGAAGUAAUAGUACCGUGGUAAAAAUCCAGGUUGAAAAACUUGAACCAGAAGUUGUUGUCAAAGAGAACAAAGGCGAGGAGAAAAGUAAAAUUGAAAUUAAGGUAGAAAAACUGACGCCUUCUGGAAAGGAUGAGAUUCAAGUGGAAAAAAUAGCACCAGCGCCAAGCGAGGCAGGAGAAGAUACUGGAGAUGCUGUUUCAGUAGAGAAGGUAUCUGCAGGGGAGGAAACGAAGCAGGCCGUAGCGGAAGAAAGCAUCAGAGGUCAAAUAAAGGUAACAAAAAUAGCUGCAGGAAGCGCGCCUGUGGAGAAAGUUGAUGAAAUUUCCGUAGAAAAAGUGCAAACAGAACAGAAAGGGGAACAAAAAGAGGAGGAAAAGGGAGCGUCGGCUGAAAGCGUAGUUGUAGAAGAAGUAGAGAGGAAGAAAGAGAGUGAAGAAAAGCCUCCGGCUUAUGACGAAGAACUUGAUCUCGAAGGCGAAGGAAUAAGAAAGAACAAACCUUUUAUUUCAGUUGAGAAGAUUUCCCCUGACGACAAGAAAACAAACGUCAAGAAAAAAGAAACGUCUAAAGAAAGCAUAGUAGUGGAAAAGGUAAACAAGGAAGAAAAUAAAAAGGAAACGAAGCCUGUCAUUCAAAUUUCGGUUGAAAAGACGGAAAAUGAUGAGGAUCUUGAUUUGGCAAUUGGAAACACAAGGAAAAGCAACAAUAACGAAACGGUAAUUGUUUCAGUUGAAGAGAUUUCUCCGACUGAGAAAGCUACAGAAGUAAAAGUCAGUGUAGAGGUCGAGAAAGUAAACGAAGUUGAAGAAGACAAUAGGCCUAAUGAGAUCACUGCUAAAAAGGUGCAAAACGAUGACGAUGAAGACCAAGGAAAAGAGACAGAAGAAAGUGAGGAGGAAGAUCUCGAGGAAAACACAAAGAGUGAGAAGGCCAAGCAAGCUCUAGUCAAGGAAGAAACGAAGAAAACUAACACAAUUUCUGUACAGGUGACAGAACAAAAGACCUCAAAUGACGAAUCGGAAGAAAAAAGCCUGAAUCUUGAAAGAAGAGACAUGAUAAACAAUGAGAAGGAAAAGGAAGACAAGUCGGUGGUGAAAAAGUCUGAGGAAAAUGUUAAGGUCGCUGUGAAGAAAGUUGAACUUGUACAACCGCGUAUAAACACCGGAAGCAGAAACAAUGAGGAUAUUAAGCAGGAAGCUGCGGAAGAAGAAGAUCUUCAGAUGAAGCCGCAAAUGAAAGCAUCGCCUGCUCAAGAGACAGCUCCUUCUGAGAGUGACAAGGCACAAUCUAAAAAAGUUGAAAAGGUCCAAUCUGCCACACCUUCCGAUGAGGACGUACUUGAUGACGCCAAUGACAACCAAGAUGAAGAAAAGGAUUUGGAAGAUGAACAGGAAGUGCUAACGGAAAAGGAAACACCAGAGGAAAGAAAAAUUGCACAAGCAUUUGACAAGGCUCUUGAAAAGGAAAGGAACAAAGCAAGGAACAUGAAGACUGAAACUCCCUCGACCCAUUCUCCCAUUCCUACAACAAAAAAGCAGUCAACGAAAACUCAAGAAACGGGACCGCAAAAAGAAAGGGUCAAGCCUUCUUCAAAAGCCAAAUCAAAUGGAGAUUUGUCCAUUGAAGAACUUGAGUUAGCUGCUUUGGCUGAAAAAACUCUGAAUGAAGACGAUACUAAGGAGGCCGAGAAAGUAUUUGUUUCCACUCAAACAUCGCCCACUACUGCAGUGAAGGAAAAGAAGAAUCCGGAGGUGACAGUGGCAGUGAGGAAGGAAACAACGAAAACCCUGUUAAGUGGGAAGGAAACAGCCAAAGAGGAAAAGAAGCUUAACGAGGAACUGGCCAAAGAAAUGAAACUGGAAAAAACUGGGGUAAGUGUAAAGAGUUUGAAUUGCUUCUUUAAGCUAGUUUGUGUCACUAAUGUACAUCGAAGCGCCAUGCCAAGGGAAGAAACAAUACUUGAGAUUUAUACAAUAGUUGAGGAAGAAGGCUAGGCUAGGAUGACCACAUGGAAAUCAUGGAUAUAGUCCCAUCUUCAACAGGGGACUUUAAGAAAGUGACUUUAAUUAGAAAUAUAAAGUCCUUCAAAGUCCUCUACGAGCAGGCUCCGCCCGAAAGGGGUACCUUUUUCAAGUUUUUAGUAUUCAGAGGGGUAGGGAUUUCACAAGUUAAAGUACAUGAAAAAGAAGGGAGUGAUUUAGGUAUUCAAAAGGGCCUUGUAUUUAAUAUAGCAUUUGAACUUAUCACUGUUCUCCCAUCCCGGCCAGUGUGAUUAUAAGGGUUUAGAAUUUGAAGGGGUUACCAUUUUUAAAAGAAGGUAUAGAAAAGGGUAUCUUUUUUUUAGAAAAGGGGUAUAUUUAACCGUAAGGGGUUUUUCAUCGGGGCGUAGCUAGCCUUCUCGAACAAACCUUUGUUGAGUAACCAUCUCACCUGCCGCGAUAUAUACUUGCUUACUGCGCUUUUCACAAACAUGCGAAUUCUGAAGUUCAAAAGCCAACUGACGAUUGCGUUUUUCGCUGCCGUCAAUCAUCUUAACGGACCUCUUAGGAAACAAAACUUUACUUUAACGGGUUCAAAAGGUCAAGGUUUGUGAUUUGUGAUUGGUGGAUUUCGAUCCGUUUUGUGUGUUUCUGAGUUUCCAGGUUCGUUUCUUGUGAUAUCGUAAUUAUGAUUGACGGCAGCGAAAAACGCAAUUGUGAAGGCGGCUUUUGAACUUUAGAGUUCGCAUGUUUGUGAAAAGCGCAGUAAAGUUAAUCUUGAAACCUGUCAACCCUGAAUUGUAAAGAUGCAGUAUGGCUCUAGCUUUUGAGCGUUUGGUCGAGACCAGCUCGUGCUUUCGAAGAGAGUGUCAAUGGGGUUAACGGUCAGCUGUCAAACAGCCUAAAAAUUUAGCCGUCAGCUGUCAAACAGCCUAAAAAUUAAGCCGUCAACCGUCAAUAAAGGUUAUUUUUUAUGGUCAAAUGCCAAAAAUGUAGAUUAAGAUUGACCGUCAAAAAAGCUCAAAAAGUUUCAAUGCAUUUCAAAUCUCUCUAUUUUAGCUGGUCUUCACGGGAUUGUGUCUCCUGAAAAAUUUAUAAACUGGAAAAAACCAGUUCCUAUGUUCUCAAAAACAACCUUUCUAGACAUUACAACCUGCUUAUUGUGAAAAUAUUUUGAAAUUUUAUACGUGAAAGGCCAACGCAACCUUCAAAACACAACAGUUAAUAUUAAUUCAUACAGAAGUUAAUAUUUACUUUAACGUUCGGACUAAAUUUCCACUUACUAACCUUUAACCGUCAAAAGCUCUAAAAAUUUAACCAUCAACCGUCAAAAUCGGAGAAAAUUGACAGUCAACUGUCAAAGCUACCACCAUAUUGAGACCCUCUUUGAAUGACCCCUAUUCCACUACGUUUUCCACUUUCCUUGAUAAAGCAUUCCGUAGAUGCCCAUGAAACUUAAAUUUCUUGAAUUUCGACAGAGCAUUAUUAGGAGUUUAAUUAAGCCACUUUGUACUGCAGAAUGGAGUUCCACCCUCACUUAUGGUCUUGUUUUUGUUUUGUUUUUUUCAAUAGCAUCCUCCACUUAUUGAGGUCGCGAAAAUCACAGAAAAACCCAGCCUGGAACCAACAACUGAAAUAGUCGAGGAAGAUCCCAACAUAAAUCAUAACAAGGAAAUUACUAAUAAUGAAACAAAGAAAGAACCUGUACCAGCAGGGCAGGACAGCGAGGAAGAGCAAGAAAGGCAGCUGGAGAAUUAG